GAACUAAACAUGGCAGCCACUCCAGCUACAAAUCCGUCACAGUUGCUCCCACUUGAGCUUGUGGACAAAUGUAUAGGUUCCAGAAUCCAUAUCGUCAUGAAGAACGACAAAGAAAUUGUUGGCACCUUGUUGGGUUUCGACGAUUUUGUCAACAUGGUGCUAGAGGACGUGACAGAAUUUGAAAUCACUCCGGAGGGAAGGAGGAUCACCAAACUGGAUCAGAUACUGCUCAACGGCAACAACAUCACCAUGCUCAUACCUGGAGGUGAAGGGCCUGAAGUAUGAAAAAAAAAAACAAUUUUGCUGAAACUUUGUUUUAUGUUGUGGAUGUAUACUUGCCUUCCUGUCAGUACUUACUUUCUUCAGUUUGUGAUAAUGUUUUAUUUUGGUUUUGAGAAAAUAAUUGUAACAAAAACAUUUUUUCCUAAUGAAGGCUUGAUAAAGGUUUGUGUACAGAGCAACAGUAACGUGAACCAUUUCUACUUUCGUGGUGAGAAACAGUACUAUUUUUUUGUUUGUUGUUAUAAAUAAAUCACAGUGAUUG